GCACAACGUCUCGGUGACAACGUGGCAGAGACUGCGCGGCAGACUCUGCAGGCAGCAGAGAGGAAGGCCAAGGGCGCCGUGAAGGAGGCCGGCAACGUGGUCAAAGAGACGGUGAAGGAGCUGGAUGAGACCGUGAUCCUGGCCGAGCACAAGGCAGAGGAGCUAAUCCACCACAAGCCGCCCCCUCCCCGCCGCUUCCGGCCGUGGCUGGUGGGCACGCUGGGUUUCGGGGCCGUGCUCGCUGUCGUCGCGACGCGGCGCUGGGCGGCCCGGCGCCGCGGUCCCUCCAUGGCCGGCACGCGCCGCGCGCGCCGGAACACUCCGACGAUUCCGCCGGUGGUCCCCAGCCGGGAGAGCAUCCUGCAGAGGACACCUUCCCAGUCAUCUUUGACACCCAUCAAGGUUCACAAGGUGGAGUUUCAGCGAGUGGGGGUUCAAGACGGUGCUGAGUGGGACUCGCCAGAUGAACAGGACGCCGAGUCACCACAGGUUUCCGAAUGGGAGCCGGGCAUGGGCAAGUUGAACCCAAAGACGGAGUACUACCAGAUCAACAGUCAGCAGGACUCUCCACGCGAAGAUCACCGCAAUGAACGCAUUUUGGGAGCCUGA